AUGGCCACCAUCGUGGUCGACGAUCCUAGCGAUGUCCGGCUGGUCUUGACUUCGCCUAGGGAAAUGGAAAUGUUGGGCGCGCCGAGGGACUCCUUGAGCGAUGACGACGCGGGUCGGCCAGCGUCGCUGGGGCCGGUACCCCCUACACUUCAUGAAACGCUGGAGGCGCGGCUUUGCCUUCCGUUGCAAACGUCCCUCAUCCGUGGGCCGCCUAGGCUGCGUAGGCCCAAGACGCCGGUCUCCAUUCAGUCGCUGCGGCGUAGUGAUCGUCUGGCUGCAAAGCCACGCGAGGCGGAUUCAACCAAGCAUGCUCAAUGCGUGCUCAUGCAGAAGCUGGGAGUCGUAGCAAGCUCGCCCAACGUCGACUCUGAGACGGUGCGCAAGAACAAAUCAACAUUCCAAGCGCCGUUAUCGGCCUCCAAGCAAGAGGCGCUACAUCUUCUUUUCAGUGGGGAAUUUGACCCGUUAGUCAUGAAUUUGGAUAUGGUCGGGAUGGACGAGGUUUGA